GCUGCCGUCGGGGCGGGAGGAGGAGGAGGGGCCCCGGCGGCGGCGGGCAGAGGCGCGCAUGGAGCGGCCGGGGAGCAACGGGAGCUGCCCAGGCUGCCGGCUGGAGGGGGGCUCGGCGGCGGGAGCCGCCACCGGCCUGGCGGCCGUGCUUAUCUUCACCAUCGUGGUGGACGUGCUGGGCAACGCGCUGGUCAUCCUCUCUGUGCUGCGGAACAAGAAGCUCCGCAACGCCGAGGCAGCUGCAGACGGAGGAGCCAACUCAGGUAAAACCCACGUCCCUUCAGCCGACCCGCGCUGGGAGGAGCGGGGCAGAGGUGCAGGCAACAUCUUUGUUGUCAGCUUGUCCGUUGCAGACCUUGUGGUUGCAGUUUAUCCAUACCCUCUGAUCUUAAGUGCCAUCUUCCACAAUGGAUGGACCAUGGGAAAUGUCCACUGCCAGAUAAGUGGGUUCCUGAUGGGCUUAAGUGUCAUUGGCUCCAUUUUCAACAUCACGGCGAUCGCGAUCAACCGCUACUGCUACAUCUGCCACAGCCUUCGGUACGAUAAGCUCUUCAACCUGAAGAACACCUGCUGCUAUCUCUGCCUGACCUGGAUACUCACGGUGGUGGCAAUUGUGCCAAACUUCUUUGUUGGCUCCUUGCAGUACGACCCCCGGAUUUACUCCUGCACCUUUGCCCAGACAGUGAGCACAUCGUACACCAUCACGGUGGUGGUGGUUCACUUCAUUGUCCCGCUCUCCGUCGUGACGUUUUGCUACCUACGGAUCUGGAUUUUGGUGAUCCAAGUCAAACACCGGGUGAGACAAGACUGCAAGCAGAAACUCAGGGCAGCUGACAUCCGAAACUUCUUGACUAUGUUUGUGGUUUUUGUCCUUUUUGCUGUGUGCUGGGGACCAUUAAACUUUAUUGGCCUUGCUGUUUCAAUUAAUCCUUCAAAAGUGCAGCCACACAUUCCAGAAUGGCUUUUUGUCCUGAGCUAUUUUAUGGCCUAUUUUAACAGCUGCCUCAAUGCUGUGAUCUAUGGGCUUCUUAACCAGAAUUUUCGGAAGGAAUACAAAAGGAUAUUGCUGACACUGUGGACUCCCAGGCUGCUGUUCAUUGAUGUGUCCAAGGGCGGGACAGAAGGGAUGAAAAGCAAGCAUUCUCCAGCCAUAACAACCAACAACAACCAUGCUGAAAUACACCUAUGAGUCAGGACACUACUAUUUAUUCUGGAUUACAGUUGUAUAUACAAUAUAUAAGAGCCUUUCUAGCUGUGUUCAUUGCACAGCUGGUGUUGCCCUCAUGCAAGGAAGGAGUCUGCAACCUUUCAUGCUUAGCUUAUUGCUGUGACAUCAAGGCUUUGAAUAAGAAUUUUCAGAAUGGAAAUGACUGAUCUUUAUAUAUAUAUAUAUAUAUAUAUAUAUAUAUAUAUAUAUAUAUGUAUGUAUGUCAUCUUUCACUGUGUGCCUAAUUAAUCGGUUUGGUUGCUUUUGCCACAAGCAUGCCAAUACCCGAAAAGGGAAGCGUUCAGAGUGCAUGGAGGAAUGCAGUAAUGCUUGAAAUGCAGCCUUCAAGAGAUAGGUUUGUCUGUAAUAAAUGGCAACUUUGCUUUCUCCCCUCCUUCUGAAUUCUAUUUUUCUAGCAUUAACUUAACCGGAACUGUAUCAAACAAAGUGUGACCUGCAUGGCUUUUUACAUUUCAGAUAAGUAACCAUAUUAGCCAGCAGGUGUAUGUAUGGGCAUGGUGUGUGUUUUCCUUUUUCUUUCUCUUGAGGUUUAGGAGCUAGCCUGGGCUAGAUGUGAGGCAGGCAGAAGCCAGAUCAGUGUGUGUCUGAUGCACUCAUUUUAAUUGAGUAUCUACAGACAUUAAGUACCCUUGCACUCUCCUUCCCAGGCCAUGAGUAAGUAUAUGACAUAUGACAUAAUCUAAUUGCAGUAAGAUACUUGGAGCCUGAUUCUAAUUUAGGCAGUAUCCUGUCAUGGCCAGCAGUCAUUCCAAACAUCUUUCAAAAGUCACUGCUAUAUGAACAUCACAAUAAAAAAGAUGAACAUAGCAGAGUCCCAUCUGUGUAACGCAGAUUGCGACUUUUAAGUUCCCGUAACAUUUAUGCUUGCAGACAAAGGCAGAAGGGGAAGGCAGUGUUUUUCCAAAAAUCCCUCCUUUUGCCCAUCACAGAACAUGAAUUUGCUGAUGGGAGAAAAAGUAGAGAUUUUUUUCCCAUUUUAUUCAUGUACAGAACUGUAAUUAACUCACGGAGUGGGGAGACGAAAGCUACUUAAGCAUAAUUAUGCAUCAGUUCUGUUUAAGCCUGGACUGUGCUGUCUGUAUCAACGUCAUGAAGUUCUGGGGAGGCCAGUAUCACAUUAGACAUAAGCACACGGGCAAAGAUAAGGCUGUUUCUUUCAUGGAGUAUGAAAAAGGUGUGUGUGUGUGUGUGUGUGUGUGUGUGUGUGUGUUAUGGCAGCUGUCUGUAGAUAUGACUUCUUCAUUUCCUUAGCUUCAUUGUGAAUUCAUGUCUUUAUGGCUUUAAAUGUGGAUCCUGCUUUGAAACAAUCACAUAAAAUCAACAGGUAAGACUCCCCUGGUGCAACCCUACCUUCAGGUUAGCACCCCUGCCUUGAUGCAGGUGUGCUGUGGGGCACAGCAGAGAGAGGGCAGGUCUGAGCCCUGGGGGUCUAACGAGGACAGCAGGCAGCCCUGCCCUGGUCUAGGACUGCAGUCUUCUCUCUUUGGUUCUAGCCAAGGCAGGACUAGUUCCCAGCACUGAGCUCUGAAAGACCGAGACCAGACUUUGUAGGUGCCUGGAGAUGGAGGUAUGUAGAAUUUCCCCAAAGCCUGAGCAGGCAGUGUGCCUAAUCCUUAGUGAAAAUAGUAAGCCAUUUGUGCACUGCUUUCUGAAACCAACUUGCUGCUGAAUGUCCCUUCUGCUGAUUUUUUUUUUGGGAAGAGGAAUUGAGAGAAAUUAAGACACUUUCUGAAGUGGGCCAAGGAACUUUGCAUGCUGCAUUGCCUCCAUGAGGACUGAGUGUCUCUGCUGCUGCUGCUGCCAUGUGGUGAAGGUCACUUCAGUAACAGGGGGGCCCUGCAUUUAUAGGGUGCCCUGGCACUUAGGAAGUUUCAAACUUGAACAUCUCAGCCACUUCAGAUGAAUGUUGUUUUAAAAUGCACUGCAGCCAGCCUCCCAUAAUAGGAAUCAAACUGAGUUCUGUUUUGGCCUCUUAAUCUGCCUCAGCAUGGCCAAAUAAAGGUAUUUUGACCCUCAGAAAUAACUGUUGUCUGUUCGCCUUCCAGAAAAACCACCCUGGAUGAAUUCACACCAUUCCAUGCAAGCAAAAUCAUUUUGAGUUAAACUUGGAUAAGAAAAGCACUGAGGGCACAUAACUGCAGGCAGUGUUUGUCCCAUCAUGCCUGGGAGAUGUCCCGUGUUCCAUGACUAGUCUUCAAAGUCAUUUGCAAUUAGCCACAACAGUGUUAGUUAGAAUCACAUUAGCAAAUAAUUUGAAGCAUCUAGUGCCAAGUGAAAUAUACUGCUUUAAGACAAUUGUGAAGACUCUUGUGCAAGUUUGCCAAAUAUCUCAAAUACUCCAAAGCUGGGGUUUCAUUUUAUGGAUUCUUGUCUUUUUAACUGAAUGUUCAGUGAAGGUAGUGUGGUAUGGUUUUUUUUAUUUUAUUCUUUAAGCUUGUAUUUGCACUAUUUCUUAUUCAAGCUCCAAAGUUAACAGCCAGCAAGUAUUUGAACCAAACAAGGCCAAAGAGGUCCUGAAUAGGCAAGCUGUGAGAGUCCCUUCUACACCUGGCAGGAAUGGGAGCAGCAGGAGCACGAUAGGGCAUCUCCCCAGGACUCACAGAGUCACCACUCAACCAAACUAUGCAAAAUGAUCUGCUCGUCUUCUGCCACAGGGUCUGAGCAGCUCCAGAUCUCUGCAGGGGACAGGCAAAGUACCUGCUGUGCUGGAGUGGGUCUGAGCAGCUCCCUGCAGUGCAGACCCCGCAGGCUGGGGAUGGCUCUGCGGUGGGCACGGGUGGCUCUGGCAGCACAGGGAGCACAGCCCUGGCACAACCUGUUCAGAAGGGCUCUGGGUGUCACAGGGAGGUGCCCAGGGCUGGGCUGAUUCAGCCACCAUGGCUGGAGGCUUGAGCUCAGUCCUGCUGGAGCUGAGGUUUGCAAUAUGAACCAUGGAAAGCAGGGAAUGUAGCCUCAAACAGGAAACACUGUGCCGUUUGUUAGCACUUUGAGAGGCAGCGCUUAGGAUAGGAUGGAGUUUUAUAUUGACUUAUUAAACUACCCAAGCAGCUCCUUAUUUUUAUGUUAGGAAAUGGUUAACAGGGUACAGAGAGUUUAUUUUUGUUAGCAUUUGUUUACAGAAAAAGAGAAGUGUGUUUUAGCUGAGAAUGCUGAGCAGUGUCACAGUUUCCCUAUGAGAAUCUAGCUUUAGUCCAAAUUUGAGAUUUCAGUGCGAUCCCACAAUUUUAAUCACAUCCUGCCAAUCCCACCUGUUGCAUAUCUGGCCUUAAGUCUCAUUGAGAUCUCAUAUAAACUAGUUUCAAAUCACUUGCUCUGGGUUUGAUAUGGUGUGUCAAAUACCUAUUCUAAUCCCAAGCUCUAAAAUUGUUGUUGUGGAAACUUAUGGAGAGGCAGUAUUGCUGUGAAGAAAGAUGAAUCUCUUGCCACAAAGAAAUAUUUUUUGGGUGUUGCUAAUGAAUGCUGUUUCAUCAAUUUAAGAAGAAUGUAACCAAUAUAUUUAUAUAUAAAUGUAUAUUGCAUAUGCUGUUUCCAUUUUAAUGCUAAUUGAGAAUCCUUCAGUAUACAUUCCUAUUGCAUUUUUGUUCAUAAAAUAGAUUAAUUCCCUUUACCUGUUAAAAAUGUAAUAAAUCUGCCAUUGGACUACUUAUUGAUUUUUUUUUCCUCCAUUAGCAGUUACUUUUUAAUAAAUAUUUGGAACAUCA